UGCGUCUAAAUUAAGCAACAUAGUACAAAACUAUUAUCAUUGCAUGUAUUGAUGCAUUUUUCUGUUCACUCUCCACUUUGUUGACAUUUGUGGGAAAUGGCUCUGCGUCCAUAUAUAUUGUGGACUUCAGCUGUAGACUGUCUUAUCUUGUUUCAGCAAAUGUAGCACCCAGUGACAUAAGGACCCCAUUAUUAUUCACAUGAAUACAGGGCACGGUCCAGUCCGAUCGCUCUACAUUCAUCGAAAUGUUUUGGAAAUAUUACAUGACAUGCAAUUAAACCAAUAUACAAUAAAUUCACAUAAGACAUAAUUACCUAAAUUACAUGUCAUAGAAACCUUUCCCAAUGAGAAAAGAUUGCAAAGUUUUCAGUUUCAGUCUAGGUCUUUGUAGAGUAGGCUUGCAUAGUACAGACCAAUAUUAAGAACCGGUAUGUUUUGUUUGAAGAACAAUGAAGCUUAAGAGAAAGUAAAGUGACACCAGAGGGGUAUUCGUCAAUGACCGGUUUUAUCACAUAACCGGGUAAGUUAACCCAGGGUUUUCCGUUCCAAAAUAAACACGGAAUGUUAGGGUGCGUCCCAUUUCUACCCCUUCCCCCUCCCCCUUACCCCUCCCCCUUGGUUUGAAGGGGUAAGGGUGUCCCAAUUCUCAUUUUGGUUAAGGGGUAGGGCGAAGACAAAAGGCUACGUAGCCCUUGAAACGAAGCGAAAACGUAGCUUGAAACGAAGCUAUCCAAGGACCACACUUCAAAGGGAGGGCUUCGAGGAAAAUCCGGCCGAAAAUGCAUUUUUACUAGUUGUUAUCAUUCGGACUCAUGAUGUAAAGUUGACUGUAUAUUCAGCUCGAAGUCAUACACGGACAAUGCGAUCUCUGAGCUCGAUAUAAAACAUGACAUAACGGUAAAUAACCGUUGAACUAUACAAGAUUUUAGCGCUCUCUAGUGGCCAACCGAAAUCGCCAAAUAAACAAACAGCAGCCAUGGUUCAAGCGAAGGACACGCACAAAUGGACACCACAGGAGACCAGACGGCUCAUUAAUUUCAGGGGGACCAGGGACAAUGAGUUCCUAAAAUCGGAAAUGAUCGCCAGAAAACAGUGGGACUGGAGCGCUGGAGAGGUUGUCAUGGAGCAGGGCUACAAGUCAGGGAAUGCAGUACAGAGUGGGGACAUUCCAACCAGACCCCCGGAGAGGGAGCAGUGGGCCAAUAAAGUACAGUACUUUCUGGCAGUGGCUGGAAACAUUGUUGGUCUCGGAAAUGUCUGGAGGUUUCCAUACCUUUGCUACAAAAACGGUGGUGGGGCCUUCUUCAUACCUUACAUCUUGUUUCUGAUCACCUGUGGGAUCCCCCUCUUCUUCCUGGAGACGUCCUUGGGCCAGUACACUAGCCAGGGGGGAAUCACCUGUUGGAAAAAGAUAUGUCCACUAUUUCAAGGCCUAGGCUUCGGUAAUCAAGUGGUGGUCUUGUACACUGGUGUGUACUACAUUGUCAUCCUGGCGUGGGCCAUUCUCUUUCUCUUCUUCUCCUUCCAUGCGGAGCUUCCCUGGGCGACUUGUGGAAACAGUUGGAACACAGAAACCUGUUUUGAGCAUGGUCAUAAUGGAACCUCGGAAGGAGACAUCUUGACGGACACAUCUUCUGUCAUAGAGUUUUGGGAGAGAAGAAUAUUAGGUUUGUCAGGUGGAAUUGAGGAACUUGGCAAUGUGCAUUGGGAUCUUGCCCUUUGUCUACUGCUUGCCUGGGUCAUCUGUUACUUUUGUGUCUGGAAUGGGGUGAAGACGACAGGAAAGAUAGUGUAUUUCACUGCAACUUUUCCGUAUCUGAUGCUGUUUGUGCUGCUGGUUCGCGGCCUGACGUUACCAGGGGCUAAAGACGGGAUCAUCUUCUACCUCUACCCUGACCCGUCCAGACUCAUGGAUCCACAGGUAUGGUUGGAUGCUGGCAGCCAGAUAUUUUAUUCCUAUGGAAUAUGCACUGGUGUUUUGACCGCUUUAGGGAGUUACAACAAUUACAGCAACAACUGCUACAGAGACUGUAUCUAUCUGUGCCUGUUGAACAGCCUCACCAGCUUUGUAGCUGGCUUUGCCAUCUUCUCUGUGCUUGGUUUCAUGGCAUACGAGCAGGGCGUGGAUAUUUCCAUGGUAGCCGAAUCAGGUCCUGGGCUGGUGUUCAUAGCAUACCCCCGUGCAGUGUCCAUGAUGCCUGUACCUCAGCUCUGGGCCGUCUCCUUCUUCAUUAUGAUCAUCUUCCUGGGUUUGGACAGUGAGUUUGUUAACCAAGAGUCUUUGGUGACUGCGUUAUCAGACCUGUAUCCCUCAAUCUUCAGAACUGGUGUUCGGCGUAAACUCCUUUUGCUCGCCCUCUGUGUUGGAAGCUUCCUCAUUGGUCUUUUGAUGGUCACAGAUGGCGGACUGUAUGUUUUUCUGUUAUUUGACCACUAUGCCUGCAGUGGAAUGACACUCCUUUUUUUUGCGAUUCUCCAGUCUGCAUGCGUGGGUUGGGUAUAUGGUUCAGAUCGUCAUUAUGAUAAUAUACAGGAUAUGAUUGGCUACCGGCCCUGGCCUUUCAUGAAAUACUGUUGGCAGUACCUUACUCCAGCGGUCUGCACUUGCACUCUGGUCUUUUCUUUGGUGAAAUAUACGCCUCUGAAGCUUAACAACGAAUAUGAAUACCCCUGGUGGGGCUACGUCAUCGGCGGGUUCUUGACUCUCUCAUCGACCAUGUUGGUUCCGCUCUGGAUGCUCUACGCCUUGACGGUCACUCCUGGCUCACUAAGCGAGAGAGUCACAGCGCUGUGCAUGCCAGCGAAGGACCUACCAUCUCCGCCAACCAAGAAGAAACACGAGGUGUUCCAGACCUUCACAGAGCUACACACACUGCGCACCAAUUCCAGCCGAUCCAACCGCUGAAUCAUACUAGAAAUUAGUGAUACCAUUUUUAACAGACUUUUUUUUUUACAGAUUUUUUUUAUGUUGUGUGUACAAUGGCAAUGCCUUUAUUUUAAAACUGUUGAAUAAAUUGUGAUAUGCUGUUGUGAUAAAGGUUAAA